ACGAUAUGUAAACAAUUAAUAGGAAACAAGUAAAAAUCUAACUGAAUAAACCGAAAGUGACUUGACUAUUGAAAUCAUACCGUGAGUUUAGCAACUGUCUCUGUACAUCUGCUCUCACAUAGCAAAUUGAAACUGUAUGGCUUCACACAACCACAGGAAUGGCAAACAUUCGAACCUUUGCUGAUGUGAAGAACGUGAUCCUGUCAGCCCAUAAAAACACAGGAGCACAGGAUAAAGUUGGCUUCUAUGAUAAAUGGGCUGAAUACUAUGAGCAGGAUGUGGCACUGCUGGAUUAUCGUGCCCCCUUUUUAGCAGCUGAGUGUGUCAACUCAUUUUGCAGAGGUGACAGAGAGAAGAUCACAGUCUUGGAUGUAGCCUGUGGGACAGGCCUGGUGUCUUCACAUGUAUGCAUUGCUUUAUUUAAAUUCUGGGCAAAAACAGAAUGUGAUAGAUCUGCUAAUAGAAAAAUUAAUGUUACUUUAUUUCUAAACCCUAUUUGGUUGAGGAAGUUAAAGAAGAUGGGAUUUCAUCACUUUGUUGGAGUGGAUGGAAGUUUGGGGAUGCUAGAGCUCGCCAAGAAAACAGGACUCUAUCAGCAGCUUACACACUGCAUGCUUGGUCAAGAUCCCAUUCCUGCUGAAGCUGCAACAUAUGAUAUUGUUAUAAUUGUUGGAGCUCUGAGCGUUGGACAGGUGCCAUUGACAGUCAUCAGAGAGCUGUGUGAAGCUGCAAAACCAGGUGGCUAUGUGUGCAUGACUACCAGAGGGAACGCAGAUAACCGGGAGUACAAGGGUGAGUUGGAGCAAAUGAUUCGAUCACUUGAGGAGGAAAAGAAAUGGAGCUGUGUGACUGUCGUUGAGGUGGAGGAGUGGGAAAAAGCAGUUUCGCAGAAAGACGACGGGUACAUUCCUGGCGCCAUUUAUCUGUAUCAAAAAAGUAUUCCAUGAAAAUACAAAGGAAACCCAGUGAAGUAUAACUGAUAGCACAGUCACAGUUGUAAAAGGAACAAUAGAUACAAUGAAUAUAAUCCACCAGCAGGUGGUGGUAUUAUUGUGGAAAAAUAAUAUAAUUAGUCGUCAUAAAAAUAAGAAGCACCUGACAGUUCAACUGUAAGUCAAAACAUGAUUCAUUUCAAUUGUUCACCUGACACGGCAUUGUCACUGUACUGUAUUGUCACCUGAAAGAUCACAAGGAGGGUAAGAAACCUACUGUACACCGAAGGUUUUAUGAGGUUUGUGUGUUGUGUGGUUACAAAUCCACCAUCCCCCAGUUACAUCUAACCUUUCUGUUGGCCACUCCUCGAUACUCCGGCCAGUGAAAACUUCAGAAACUUCCACAGGUCUCAUGUGACAUAAAUAACACACAAUGUUUGGCUUAGACUUUUGAGCAUGUAAUAUGAGCAAACUGAUAAGAAUGUUGUAAGAAGUAUAAGAGUUUUUGUUUUGUUUUUGAAUAAAUAAAGUUGUCUAUGUGUACACAUAAA